AUGGUAGUAUCAAAAGACACCUCAGAGGAGGCACUCUUGGUCACCGACUCGAACAACAAUCAGGAAGCACAAGAAGCUGCUGAUACCUCAGCUACUUCUAAAAGAGCCAAAUGGCAAUUCAGCCUCAUUGGUGGUGCAACCGCAUGCAUCGUCGUCCUAAUCAUCAACCUCGUUAUUACCAUCUGGUCAAGUGUGACCUUCGUCGGCAGCGAAACCGGGGAUAGGUCGAGCCGAAGAAUUAUCUAUGAGGGAUCUUGCUCGGAUUCACGUACCAUCAAUGUCGUGAUCCACCUCGUUAUCAAUAUCUUUAGUUCAAUACUCCUUGCCUCAAGCAACUAUGGCAUGCAAUGUCUCUCUGCGCCAACAAGAGCAGAUGUAGACCAUGCCCAUACACGCAGAGACUGGAUGGAUAUCGGAAUACCUAGCUUUCGGAACUUGAGAAUGGUGUCUCGAAAGAGAGUUUCUCUUUGGCUCCUUCUGGUCUUGUCUUCUGUUCCUCUGCAUCUUUUUUUUUUUGUCGACGAAGAUUUUCAACUCCUUUGGAAGGAUGGUAAAGAUUUCUAUGAGAAAUCUCUAGACGAUAAGCGAAGAGUCAAGCAGCUGGUGGCCAGCGAACAUGGGAGGCUUGACAACCUUACGAAUUUGGAAUGUAUCAACGAGUAUGCCGUCGCGUUCCAAACUAAGAGAAAUGACGUAAUAGUCAUUGUCGAAUCGGUUGGAUCUGUAGACAGUGUGAUUGGGAGUCCAGACACUACGUGUGGUUCUUACCGUGCUUCUGCAGACUACAGCUGGAUUUGCGGCUGGACGGGGGCAUUUUGCACCACAUGUCGGAGCCAGCUGGCUAAGGUUAGGAGUCAGCCCAAUAAUUGGAGCCCGUGGGGCAAGCGUGUGAAACAUUGCCUCAGCCAGCCAGCAGAGCAAAUGUGUCGACUGAACUUUGACUUUCGGAUCGCAGCAGUCAUACUUGUGGUCAAUUUCGUUAAAGCAGUUACGCUGGUCUUCAUAGCGCUACGGCCACCAAAAGAGCCAUUGUUCGUUCUUGGGGAUGCUGUUCAGUCAUUCUUGGUAUCCCCAGAUGAAACAACCACUGGAGCCUGCCUGGGAUCUGCGCGCACGGCUAGGGUAGGCCGCCUCCAUCUACCCUGCUUUAUCGAUGUAGAACCAAGACGCCGAGGUGUCGCAGUAACGAAGACAAGAUGGAGCUGGAGUAUUCUCAUGUACGGGCUCGCAUUCAUCGCCAGUUUCUCUCUCCUUGGAUGGAGUGUCGACAUAAUCCCAGGCCCCAAAGAUCUCAAGACCCUCUGGGAUCUGGGAUUUGGCAGUGCGAACGAGCUGACGUUGAUAUCAGGAAAAGGUUGGGACGAUAAAGACGAUAGCAGUCUUAUUGCCAAUAUUCUCGUGGCCAACCUUCCUCAGCUGGUCUUCUCAUUCUUCUAUUUUCAAUAUAACAGCCUUUUUACCUGCAUGGCUGCCGCUGCGGAAUGGAGUGCUUACGCCAACAAAAGGAGGUCUCUACGCGUAUCAUCUAACCCAAGAGGCAAGCAACGAUCGCGAUACUUCCUGCAACUUCCAUACCGCUAUAGCAUCCCCCUGUUGUUAGCUUCCAUUUUGAUGCAUUGGAUGCUCUCGCAGAGUAUCUUUGUGGUCGCUAUUGAACAAUCGGGGCGCUGGAAACUAUUCACCAGUGGAUACUCACCCAUCGCCAUGAUUUUCGUCAUCAUCAUUGCUGCAUUCAUGGCUGCUGCGGUUAUAAUUACAGCACUACGGCGUUUACCGACUAUCAUGCCUGUCGCUGCAAGUUGCAGUUUAGCGAUUGCAGCUGCUUGCCACCACCCAGAUAACAAACCGCAGCCGGACGCUUCCGUUUCUCGUCUUCAAUGGGGUGUUAUGCAGCGACAGAGAGAUGAGUUGGGUAGAGAGCUUACGGGUCACUGUGGAUUCUCUCAAUACCCAGUAGAGAAGCCAGAAUGGGGGAUUGUAUACCGUUGA